CAGCGAGGAAACUUCAAAAUCUAUUCGUCCGAUUGUAACCGGAGGGUCCUCCCCCUUUGCUAAUGCUGCGGACCUUCAGUCAGCCACAAAGUUUUGGCCACGGUGCAGUAGGAAGUGAAGCAGAGGUCUGAGGCAGAUCCUUGAGGACCGUCGGCUCCGUUGAAAAUCCUUCGCAUCAUCAUGUCUCUCCGUGUGGCGCUGCAGGGUCCCGGACCGUGGGGGUUCAGGCUGGUCGGGGGAAAGGACUUCGAGCAGCCCCUGGCUAUUUCCCGGGUCAAUCCAGGGAGUAAAGCAGCCCAAGCAAAUCUGUGCAUCGGGGAUAUAAUUCUUGCAAUCGAUGGAGAACCAACAGAGAACAUGACUCACUUGGAAGCGCAGAACAAGAUCAAGGGCUGCAUAGAGGAAAUGGUGCUCUCCGUAGACAGGUCAGAAACUAAACUGUGGUCACCGCUUUCAUCUGAGGAAGGGAAGGCGCAUCCCUACAAGAUGAAUCUUGCAUCAGAGCCGCGGGAGGUGAAACACAUAGGCUCAACCCACAACAGGAGCGCCCUGCCUUUCGCUGGUUUUGGCUCCAAAGUGGUGACCAACCAGUACAACAAUCCGUCUGGGCUGUACUCUUCAGAGAACAUCAAGGACUUCAACUCAGCUGUGAGCGAAGUUAAGACCAUGGCUACAACUAAUGACCCCGGCGACAAUGCUCCAUCAGAGCCAUCGGGCAAGAGGCCACCCGUAGUAGCCGGUUCAGAAGUGUACAAGAUGCUGCAGGAGAAUCAAGAGUCUGAUGAGCCGCCUCGUCAGUCGGCUUCAUUCAAAGUGCUUCAGGAGAUUCUUGAGACGGGAGACUCAGAUAAACCAUCAGGCUUCAGGAGUGUGAAAGCACCCACAACAAAGAUUGGAUCAUCAGUGGGGAACACGGAGAAGUUACCCAUCUGUGACAAAUGUGGAUCUGGGAUUGUAGGGGUGGUUGUGAAGCUGAGGGACAAGUUCCGUCACCCUGAGUGCUACACCUGCACGGACUGCAACAUCAACCUAAAACAGAAGGGACAUUUCUUUGUGGAGAACCAGGUUUACUGUGAGACGCACGCACGAGAGCGAGUGACUCCACCCGAGGGCUACGACGUGGUCACCGUCUUUCCUAAGUAAUGCUGCUCACUGAGCUCAGCCUCGGACUGCACGCCACUAUAGGACACCAAGACAUAACCCGAGACUUACAAUAUUUAGCUGAUGCUACUCGUAAGACUAUGAAUUGGUCUCCGUUCACGCUGUACUUCUGUACUGUCACUGGUAGGCAGGACAGUAAGGAACUGUGUUUGAAAAUGUUGAUUUGCACAAAAACUUUGGCCUGUAAGAAAAGAAAAUCAAUGAAUACUGUAAGAUGGCUUUUUUUUUGUUUGUUUGUUUUUUUUAGCAUCACUUAAAAUCAUUUGAAUGACAGCCAAUAUGUUUUGAUACUCGUUGUAUAUUUCAGUGUGUUGUUUUGAAUCGUGGAAACAAAAGAAAGCCAGAGUAUGCCCACCCCAAAAAAAGUCCAUGUUUUCUGCAGUUUUUUAUUAAAUAAAUAGACAUUGUUUUAUACAGCAAAAUAAUACAAAAUACAAUAAUACAAAAUGAAUGUCAUUGCCAAAUAAACAUUUUUAGCUUAAACAA